AUGUCGCAAAAUAAGCAUCAUCAAAACGAUAUUUUGUACAUUACGCAACCAACUCGUAACAUUCUGCUCGCACUUGGCGCUUGGCCUUCCAUCAAUAAAGGAGAAUCCGUACACUCGAAGGUUCACAAUCUCUUGCUAAUCUUUAUGUCCUACACUCUCCUCUUUUGCGACCUUAUACCUGGUAUCCUUUACUGGUUGAUGAAGGCAACAACGCGCGUUCGACUGCAGAUGAUCCCUCUUCUCCUUUACGACUUUAUGUCCGCCAGUCAAUAUGGCAUCUUCAUAUCUCGCUAUGAUCAACUCAAGCGAUGCUUGAAGUACGUCGAGGAGGAUUGGGAGAAUAUUCUCAGCGUGGACGCACGAAACAUUAUGCUGAAAUCUGCGAGGACGGGGAAACGUCUGGUUACGAUCUGCGCAUUUUUCAUGUACAGUGGCGUCAUUACCUUCCGAGGAAUCUUACCAUUGAUCCAGGGAAAGAUCAUCAUUGAUCAGAAUGUCACAAUAAGACGCUUUGCCUGUCCGGGUUACUACUUUUCCCUCGACGUACAAGAUUCAUUGGAGUUUCGAUCGUGA